ACGUGAAAGCAUAGAAUAAACUUGUGGAUACAUUGAUAAGGAAGCAAGCAAAACAGAUUGCAACAGAUCCAUCCAUUAAUUUCUCCCCCUAGUUAUUCUAACCUUCACAUGCUAUCUUAGGCUUCAAAGUUCCACCUCUCUUGUCCAAAAAACAAGGAUCUUCAUUCGUUAUUUUCUCUGCAUAGUUAUCUUCAGUCUAUUGUUCUCAUUUUCCAAUCUCUAUUGCUCCCCUCUCUUUCAUUUCAUUCACAUUGCGCAGGGCGCUUCUUUCACAUAUUGCUGGCAAAAUGGCAAACGCAGCGUCCGGAAUGGCUGUGCAUGACGAUUGCAAAUUGAAGUUUCAAGAGCUUAAAGCAAAGAGGAGUUACAGGUUCAUCGUGUUCAAAAUUCAAGAACAACAAGUGGUGGUUGAGAAAUUAGGGGACCCCUCCGAAAGUUAUGAGGACAUGGCCAGUUUUCCUGCUGAUGAGUGUCGUUAUGCGGUCUAUGAUUUUGAUUUCACAACUGAUGAGAACUGCCAAAAAAGCAAGAUCUUCUUCAUUGCAUGGUCACCAGAUACCUCAAAGGUGAGGAUGAAGAUGGUGUAUGCAAGUUCCAAGGAUAGAUUCAAGAGAGAGUUGGAUGGCAUUCAAGUUGAUAUGCAAGCAACUGAUCCAAGUGAGAUGAGCUUGGACCUUGUGAAAGCCCGAGCCAUCUAAUAUGCCCUCCUUUUAUUGUUAUGGAUCAAUUCCCAACUAUUUGGCAACUUUUGGAGCCAUGUUUCUUUGCCUAGUAUACCUUGGAUUCAACAAUGACUAAUCCAAAAUGAUAUGCAUAUGCAUCAUUCAUUCUUCCUUGUACUCCUCCAUCCUUGUUCAGUUUCCUUGAAGGGUUCAAGAUUAGUAGCAUCGGUUGGUUCUCUACCAAGUUGCCAAUCUGACCACUUGGUUGGUUUUUGUGCAGUCAUCAAAGCUACUGAAAGAAUGGUGACACUGAUGUAUGUCUGAUGUCUUUGUUUUUCUAUUCUUGUUAAUUAAUGUCUCAUUCCAUUUUUUAUAUCACUUGUUGGGAAGUUUAUGGUAUAGAAAUGAUUUAUAUAUGAAACCAAUACAUAUUAAUAAAUGUACGAUCGGAUUCACAACA